AUGAGUACUUCGAAUCACUCGUCCGUGGUGCCUGCCCCGGCUGAACCGGAACUGGAUUACCACUUCAAGUAUACCGUGCAAAAGGGCUUCUUCGCUCAGAAUGAGAAUGAAACUGAUGACACGACUUUUGAUUUUAAGGCACAAAAUUUUGGAUUAAUCAAUCGUUCUUAUCCUGGAGAGAUCAACAGUGAAGACCGACAGUGGAGGCGCUUUGAGACAUAUGUGACCGGUCUGGAGGCAGCGAAGAAAGAGGGCGAGAGUUACAAAGUCCUCUUUCUGGGUCGUCAUGGUCAAGGAUGGCACAAUGUCGCAGAGGCGAAGUACGGAACGAAGGCUUGGGAUUGUUACUACGCCGCCCUCGACGGCUACGACGGCAUAACCUGGGCAGAUGCCAACCUGACCUCUACAGGUCAAGAUCAAGCUCUUGCUGUAAACAAGCUAUGGACUGAACAACUUCCCCUUGGGAUCCCGUCUCCACAGACUUAUUACGUUUCCCCCUUGACCCGCACGAUCGAAACAGCAAAUCUGACGUUUGGAGGCCUCCUUCUCCCGUCAUCUCAGCCCUACGCGCCCUACAUAAAGGAACUCGUUCGUGAGGCCCUUGGCGUACAUACCUGUGAUCGCCGCAGCACAGCAACUCACCUCAAAAACACCUUCACCGACCCGAAAUUGACGUUCGAACCUGGAUUCUCAGACGAAGAUCCUCUUUGGGAAGCUGAGUACCGUGAACCGCGGGCCGCAAGACGGUACCGACUGGCCACAUUCCUGGACGACGUCUUCGCUUCGGACAAGAACGUGUGGUUGAGUGUAACCAGCCAUUCUGGAGCAAUUAGAAGUAUGCUCGAGGCAUUUGGUCACAGGAUGUUUGCGCUGGAGACCGGAGGUGUGAUACCCGUUUUUGUCAAGGCGGAGAAAGUGCAGGGAAAGAGACAGGCUCCGCCCAAGGAACCUAGCGACGCUCCGCCGCUGUGUGAUGGGCCACCCAAAUGA